AUGAGUAUCCAAAUUGAGCCCUCUGAGUUGGGCUUCAAGCGCCCCUUCAAUCAUGAGGUGUGCCAGGUCCUUCGCCUGAGCAACUCGAACCAAGAAGCCGUUGUUUUCAAGGUCAAAACCACCGCUCCCAAGCACUACUGUGUGCGCCCUAAUUCCGGUCACAUCAACCCAGGCCAGACUGUUGAAGUUCAGGUACUGCUCCAGGCUUUGAAGGAGGAGCCUGCUCCGAAUGCCAAGUGCAAGGACAAGUUCUUGGUUCAGGCCGUCACAGUCUCUUCUGGUUUUGAAGAUGCGAGCGUUACCCAGAUUUUCGACCAAACUGCCAAGGCUGAUGUUGUUGAGCGCAAGAUCCGAGUUGUCUACCUAGCAUCAGAUGACUCCUCAGACCAGGCCAAUGAUUCCGUCCUUAACGAAGAGCCCCCAGCAUACACCUCUCCCAGUGGCGCCAACUUCCAGACCCCUGCCCCCAAGAAGCUCGAUUCUGACCCAGCCUCCCCGAUCCCCGGCCCCGAUUUCUCCGAGAAGAUCAAGACCGAGUCUCCUCAGCGCGAGGCCCCAUCCGUUCUCUCAAGCGCGAAGUCUGCCGUGGCCAAUGCCCUGCCCUCAAGCGAAGACUUGAAGUCCCAGUUGGCCGAAGCCAACGCUCAGAUUCAACGCCUGAAGGACCGACUUGCAGACCAAGGCCUGCGGCAGCGCAAGACCGGUGCCGAGGCUGGCUCCGCCGCACCCACCACCAUGCAGCAGUCACAUGCGCAGACACAAGGUGGAGUUUCGAUCCAAUUUGUCUCGAUGCUCUGUCUGCUGAGCUUCUUGAUCGGUUACUUCUUUUUCUAA